GGUCAGUUUCUCUGUUUUUAUUUCCGCCUCAUGUUUAAUAUUCCCGCAAAGGCUUGAUGUAACUCUAACUUUGCGUUGCAUGACUUAAUCAGAACAAAUAAGCACCAAAGGUACAUGCAAUUGAUAGGUGUGCUGACAAACAAAAAGCCGUGGGAAUCAGAUAUUGAACCCUUGUGGUUGAGUGUGCGUGUCCACGUGAUGAGCAGCUAAUGAGCAGCCUGCUGCCGAGGGAAGGAACCAACAGGAACAACCUGAACUGUGUUCGUCUCCACAGCUCACUCACUCUUUAGCAGCACACGCAGACAACAGACCUCAUUGACCCUUACACUCCUGAGGUAAACAUGUCUGCAGUCUACCUCCUCCUGCUGCUGCCGCUGGUGUCCACACAGACCUUUCAUUGGGGGGGCUGUCCUGCCCCCAAGGUGCAGCCCAACUUCAACCUUCCGCAGUAUCUGGGCCGGUGGUAUGAGAUCGAGAAGCUCCCUUCAACCUACGAGAGAGGAAAGUGCAUCGAGGCCAACUAUGCCUUCAGGAAAGAUGGAACCAUUCAGGUGCUGACCUCCCGCCUCCGUAAAGACAAGGUGAGGGUAGCAGAAGGAACCGCAGUGGUUCAAGACCAGAGAGAACCUUCCAGACUCGGAGUCAGCUUCUCGUAUUUUACGCCCUACAGCCCGUACCUGGUUCUGACCACUGACUACACCAGCCUGUCCGUCGUCUACUCCUGCACCAGCAUCCUCAACAUCUUCCACUACGACUACGCCUGGAUCCUCGGCCGCUCUCGCUUCCUGCCGUGGGAGACCGUGAGAUACGCCGAGGAGCUGCUGACCAACGAAGGGAUCGACCUGUACAGGAUGAAGCCCACAGAUCAGACGGGCUGCAAGGACACCUAGAGGUCCACAGCACGGGCCGAGCAUCAGUACUGGACCAGUACGCUCUGGUGUUGCAAAUCCCCAUCGAAUCUCUGCAUGGUUCACUUUGAUUUCCAGUAUUUAUCCAGCAUCGCCCCGAGCCUCAUGUUGUGACUUUUGUCUGUGGAUCUGGUUUUAAAACCUACAAAUAAACAUCAAUGCUCAAGGAA